CACAGAUCAGAGGAGUAAGUCAAGAAGUUCUACUACACGUAGAUACCGUCCGUCGGGGAUCAUUUACAGCAGGUCUCCGGACCGGAUAGACAGGGACUCCACGCACCCGGAACGUUUUUACGAGGACACCAGUCGGACUCUUUUGGUGACGCACACGGCAACGGCGGCCUCCCGGUGUGGUUCUCGGUCAGUCAGUCGGUCGGUCGGAUCGGAUAGCGCAGUAAGCGUCAUUGUGUACCAAAGAAAUGGUGAUGGAGAAGCCAAGUCCCCUGCUUGUCGGGCGGGAGUUUGUGAGGCAGUACUAUACCUUGCUGAACAAGGCACCAGACUUCUUGCACAGGUUUUAUGGUAGGACCUCCUCUUAUGUUCAUGGUGGUUUGGAUGGCAGUGGAAAACCCACAGAAGCAGUUUAUGGCCAGGCUGAAAUCCACAAGAAGGUUAUGUCCCUUCAGUUCAGUGACUGCCAUACCAAGAUUCGCCAUGUGGAUGCACAUGCCACCCUUGGUGAUGGUGUGGUUGUGCAGGUGAUGGGGGAGCUGUCAAACAAUGGUCAACCAAUGAGGAAGUUCAUGCAGACAUUUGUCCUGGCACCAGAGGGUUCUGUUCCAAACAAGUUCUAUGUCCACAAUGAUAUAUUUCGCUACCAGGAUGAAGUGUUUGAUUCUGAUGCAGAACUGGAAGAAGAAUCUGAGGAGGAGGUUGAGGAGGAACCGGAAGAACCACAACUUUCUCCGGAGCCUGUGCAAGAAAACACAAACAAUACCUAUUAUGAGGCUCAUGCUGUCAGUAAUGGUGUGGAGGAACCAUUGGAGGAGGCAGCUGCUGAGCCUGAGCCUGAGCCCGAGUCAAAAACUGAGGAGGUAAAGCCUGAACCUGAGCUGGUGGAGAAGACUACGGAAGAGUUGGAGGAGAAGGCUCCAUCACCUACUCCAGUGGAACCUACUUCUCAACCUCAAGAGCCUCCCAAGGCUUUCUCCUGGGCCUCAGUGACAAGUAAAAAUCUGCCUCCUAGUGGUACAGUUGCUUCCUCUGGAAUUCCUGCCCAUGUUGUUAAAGCGCCAGCCUCACAGGCACGAGGUGAAGCAAAGAGUGAGACCCAGUCUCAGCCCGCCCGGCCGAGAGACCAGCGUCCUCGAGAUCGGAUGGGCUUUGUGCCCCGUGGACCCAGAACAGGUCGAGGAGAUCUAGAUACAAAUGAGGUUGAGAAUCGAAGAAUCAUCCGUUACCCAGAUAGUCACCAGCUCUUUGUUGGCAACUUACCUCAUGACAUUGAUGAAAAUGAAUUGAAAGAUUUCUUCAUGGGUUUUGGCAAUGUAGUUGAGCUUCGUAUCAAUACAAAGAGCAGUGGAGGGAAGCUGCCCAACUUUGGGUUUGUGGUGUUUGAUGACCCAGAUCCUGUACAAAGAAUCUUGAGUGCCAAGCCGAUCAUGUUCCGUGGUGAGGUCCGUCUGAAUGUGGAGGAGAAGAAAACGAGAGCUUUCCGUGAGGGAGAGCGUCGGGGUGAAGAUCGUAGGGACACCCGUCGCAGCGACAGGGGCUCUGGACGAGGCAUGAUCGGCAGUGGGAUGAUGCGAGACCGCGAUCCCCGGGGUCCCCCACCCAGAGGUGGUAUGGCGCUGAAGUCGGGCCCUGGGGCUGGCAGAGGGGGCUUGUCUGGUGAAGGUCGUUUUGCUGGACCCCGUCGCUAAGGCUUCAUUGUUCCUGAUAUCUUGCUGGUGACACCAUACUCUUCGUUUAUUUUGGCAUUUUUGUUAAUUUUGGCUUUGGAAUGUGACACGGCCUGUUUUUUUCUCAUUUCUUUGUGAAAACAGCCUUCUUUUUACCAGUUGAUCUUUUUCCCUAUUUUUGGAACAGGAUUCAAGCAAAAAAAAAAGCAAAAACCAUUGUCUAAAGACUUGGAAAAUAGAGCAAAAGGCUUCAAUUUAAUUGGAACCCAUUUUAAAGGUCUGAAGAUCCACCCCUUUAUAUGUUUAAAAAAGAAACAACCAUGGGCCUUUGCAACUUGGCUGCUUUAUUUUAUAAAUGUGUCAAGUUUAUGCCCAGUUCUGUUGAGGAAAACAAAUUGGUGCAAUUGGAGAAGCUUGCCUUGAUAUUUUUCCUUUUAGAAAUACUUGGCUCAAGAACUUGCGUUCAUGCACUCGUCAUAAUGCACUAAUAGGUACUCUUAGAGCAUCAUUUGCCAUGGCAACUGCAGGAGGAGACGGGUGAAAAUCCAGUGCUGUCUGCUUCGACAGGGAAGGCUGACUGACCAGAUGUGGGCUUUGAAUCUUAUACCUGCUGUGACCGCUGUUUUCCCACAUCUGUUAGCCAUAAUGGACAAUGUUUGAAACAGUUUCUGAUGGAGAUGGACUUUUUUUUUCUUGAACUAAAAAUUGAUAUACAAAAGCAAUUGUGAACUUGGAUUAACAGCCCUGAGCGCAAGAGUUUGGUGGCUUACUCUCUUUUUUCUAUCUACCCCACUGCAAUACAGGGAUGCCUCGCUGCUUGACACCAGUUUUCUUCCCCUCGAUCUGUGCAGUUGUGAAUGUGCAGCGAAAAAUCAUAGCUAAAUGUUACUGUUUUUCGUUCUUUCAAAGUGUAAAGAGCAUGAUGGUGCCUUCUAUUGAUAACGUCAUUCCAGACUUGCUGGCAACUCUUGUAUGGAUUGUACUAACUCAGUACAAAGCUGAACAGCUGUAAUACCUUAUGGAAUCACUAGUAUGUUGAUGAAAUGCAAAGAUGCAAAAAGCUGCAGCAUCCUUGCUCUGUGUGUGGGGGUGUGGGAAAUCAGAAGUAUUAAAUAGAAAAGAAAAUUGCACAAUCUCCUGUUCACCUGUUCUUAGCUGUUUUUAUACCAUUCCUGUAACCACAUGGUUGCUUUGCUUGUGUUUUGUGUUUUACAUUGGAAAAUUAGAUGUUUAAAAAAAAACUAAAACCCAUUACUGUUACCUUUAUGAGAGAUAUGCAAAAGAGCAUGGUUAUGGCUAUACUUUACUGCAUAAAUGGUUAUUUAAAGGUGUGUAGUCAUCUGUGAUCAGUUCAUAUAAAAUAUAACUUUAAGGGAAAGCUACAUUAUGCAAAGCUCAACAGUAAUUGUUGCGGGUUCUUUUUCUUUUGAAAUAAAACAGGUUGGCCAACAUCAAGGAUACUGCAGCUUUCAAGCCAAAAUCCGCAGCUUCUCGUUCCCCUCGUACCACUGGUUGGUUUGGCCUAGACCCCGUUUUUGAGAGGGAGCAAAAGUGUAAUGAUACACACAUUAGCUUGGUACGGGUGGAAGCUGUUGGUGACGAGUGGGAAUAUCAUUAAGUCACAGCUUCUAGCAACAAUGCACAUUUACUGGUAGCGCAGUGGUUUUUGAAGCAGAAAUUUGUUUACACGCACAGCUUGAGGCUGUCACUUGUUGACUGUUGAGCAAAACCAGCAGAGACAGUGAAGUUUACUUGUUUGUAGAUGUUGAUUGAAAGGAUAAUUGUGUCUGUUGGUUUUGUCUUUGUUUGAAAAUUUCUGAGGUCUUCCUUGUUUGAUGGUAGUCUUGCACUAUUUCUCAAAUUCUGGGAUACAUUAGCAGUUUUUUGUGUUUUCAAUCUUGUUUAGAGUUUUUUUUCCAACUGAUGUCUACAUCAGAUCUAUUAAUGUGGCCUGGAAAUACUGUACUUGAAGUUUCCAUCGGGCAAGGAAGAGUUAAACGUCUCCCCCACCCACAGAUUUACUUGAAGCCCUCCCCUGGACACAGAACUUGGUUUCAGUAUCAUUUGCACAAUUUCAUUGCCAAGUAGUUUACCAGAAUUCCACAAGUUUCUGCUGUGCUGAUUGCUUCACCUCACCGGCAUUUAACUUUAAUUUCAUUUCACACCACUUUGGAGACUGGAGACUAUUUCCAGAAAGUGUUGGGUACAAGUUUACUUAACUUGAGGAAGGCAGAUGAGCCAUUUUUGAUCUGGCUUGCUUCUCACUGUCAAUAAACAUUGGUUAAAAAACUGAAUCUGGUAACAUCAGAAUGUGGUUACUCACUGGUGAUCUGUUCACUGAAUUUUAUUGUGCGCUGUAGUCCUGGUUCCCUACUUCCUACAAUACUCAAUACCCCCCAAAGCGAAGUUAGUAGACUUUUCCACGACGAAUGUGUAUUAUUGGGUGGCACUAGCUAAUGAUAUGUUGCAUUUUUGGAGCAAUAUCAUUCCAUUUUUACCAAUAAGAUGGGCUUUACCACCUUAGCUUUUGUGGGUAUUGUAGAUAAUAAAUGGUUUGCCAUCUUCAGAAGCUGAUCUGUGUUUGGCCAUCUUAUGCUGUUAGAGCACAGUAGUUACACGUGUUGCAGGUGGCAAGUCUUCAUAUUUGAUUUUCUUUUUUGAAUGUGUUGGACUAAACAUACAAUAAACUACUGAUGUCUGAA